AUGUCGGCCUUUAACGAUUACUGCGUUGUUUGUGAAACGUUGAUCAAAAGCUCUACCAGCAGCAGACUGUACUGCUCGUCGGCGUGCUGCCAGCAGGAUCUGAACUCCAAACGACGCAAAAGCGCAGUGGAAGAGCUCGUGGCCACCCCGCAGCUUUGUCCGCUCGAUCUCGACGCAGGUUGCGAUUCUGAAGACGAAGAGCUUUCAGAUCUCGACUAUAAGGCCACCGUUCCAACCACAGUCAGCACCCCACGGUCUGGCCAAAAAGAACCCGCUUGGAACGGGUAUUUUUCACUCGCUUCAGAACCAUCAUUGGACCACACCGCGGAAAACAACUAUCGUCUAUGGCUUAACGCUCAAGACGCUUAG